CAUUGUAGAUCAAAACUUGUAGAUAUUGUCAUUUACUCAAAACAAAUUCGAGACAAAAAUUUUAAUUUUAAUUAAUUUCUCAAGAUGGAAUCAAUUAUUGGAAUUAAAGGAAAGGAUUUUGUAAUGCUAGCUGCCGAUAGCACUCAUCCACAUUCAAUUAUGGUCCUGAAAGAUGAUGAAAAUAAGAUCCAUAAAAUUUCUGACUCGUUGCUGAUUGCUGCAACUGGAGAUGCUGGUGAUACAGUUCAAUUUGUUGAGUAUAUUUCAAAGAAUAUUCUCUUGUAUAAAAUGAGAAAUGGAUAUGAAUUGAGUCCAAAAGCAGCAGCGUACUUUACUCGUAAGAAUUUAGCUGAUUAUUUGAGAACGAGAUAUGCUUACCAAGUAUGGUUGCUUGUUGCUGGAUAUGAUAAAAAGGAAGGACCACAACUUACCUUCAUUGAUUAUCUUGCUAAUACUUUAUCAGUUAAACAUGGUGCUCAUGGAUACGGAGGAAUGUUCUGUGGAAGUAUUUUUGAUAAAUAUCAUCAUGAUAACUUAACUCAAGAUGAAGCCUAUGAAAUUAUGCGAAAGUGCGCUCGUGAAAUUCAAAAGCGAUUAAUCAUUAGCCAACCAAGAUUCCAUGUUCAGGUUGUGGACACUAACGGUGUUAAGCGAUUGGAAGAUAUAACAACAGAAAAUCUUAAAGAUUAAAGUUUUUCUACUUUAUUUGUAAGUCUCAUGUAUUUGGGGAAAUUUUCUCUGCUUAUUCAAUUUUCAUUUAAAAUAAUAAAGGAACAAGUUUCGAU